AUGCUAGGACGACUUGGGAUCGUUCGACCUAUGAACUUGAUUGAAAUUCACCUUGCAAUCUACGAGCAUAGAUCUGAUGCUUCCGAUGGCUUGCCUCCCGCAGCCAUCUGGUUGGUCUGUCCAAAUGGACUGGUAACAUUUUGUCUCCGAGCCGACGAGUCCCUAGAUGCAACAAUUUGGGAUCUGCGAGUGGGACCUGGAGGGGAAUUCUGGAUCCAUAUGCACUCAUGCACAUCGGCGAAAUCGAAACUGAAUACUUCCCUCAUUUGA